GUAUAGUAGUAACACCUUAACGAUAACACACAGUAAGCAGUGUACUUUUGAAUGUGUGGUAAACUCGGUAGAUUCAAGUUUACUCAUGCGAGAAAUGACAGUUCUACGUAGCUAGUUACGAUUAAGAGGACAAAGCAAACGAUUACGUUAAUGUGAUCAUUGCAGUGGCAGUGAGUCAUCGUCAAAGUUUGACAAUAUUGUAAUAUUUGUUUUUAAUUGUAAUAUGGAAGUUCUUGAUCCAACUGUUUCGAGAGAUGAACUACCACUUUGCAUCGAUUAUUUAGAGAAAGAUGACAUAGAACAGAGCCCAUCUGAUACUAAAUCAUGCAUAAAAGCACGCUAUACCCUAGGUUUCCUAGGUUUUUUAGGCUUUGCUCUUGUAUAUGCAAUGAGAGUGAAUUUAUCUGUCGCUAUUGUUUCAAUGGUCAAUCAGACAGCUAUACCUAAUACAGAUGAUGAUAAUGAUACUGAUAUCUGUCGUAAUGUGAAUCCUAUAAAUGGAACGUUUAUACCAAGUGCAGGAGAAUUCAAUUGGGAUGAAAAAACUCAAGGCGUUAUAUUAGGAGCGUUUUUUCUUGGCUAUGUAACAACAAAUGUACCAGGAGGUAGAAUGGCUGAAAAAGUUGGUGGGAAGUUAAUAUAUGGAUUAGGAGUUUUUUUGACUGCUGUAUUGACUGUAAUUAGUCCUUUUGCAGCAUAUUGGGGUUUAAUACCAUUUCUUGUAGUGAGAAUUGCGGAAGGAUUUACAGAGGGUGUUACUUUUCCUGCAAUGCACUCUAUGCUUGCACAUUGGGUUCCACCAUUAGAAAGAAGUAAAUUUGCAGCAAUUGUGUAUGCAGGUUCAAAUUUUGGAACAGUUAUAUCACUACCUUUAAGUGGAUGGCUGUGUUCAUUGGAACUAUGGGGUGGCUGGCCACUCGCAUUUUAUUUGUUUGGAGGUUUAGGUGUUAUCUGGUAUGCAUUCUGGUUGAUCUUUAUUUAUGAUACACCUGCCCAGCAUGUAAGAAUUGAUCCACAGGAAAGAGCGUACAUUGAAGCCAGUGUUGAAGAAAAAGAUGAGACUGAUGAUCCCGAUGUACCCUGGUUAUCAAUUUUUACAUCUCUGCCUAUGUGGGCUAUAACUAUAACACAAUGUGGUCAAUCCUGGGCAUUCUAUACACUGCUAACAGAGCUUCCUUCAUAUAUGGAUAAAAUUUUGCAUUUUGAUGUACAACAAGAUGCAUAUCUUUCUGCAUUACCAUAUCUAAGUGCUUGGUUGGUUGGACUACUAGUAUCGAGUUUUGCAGAUGCUCUUCUUGCUCGACAAAUCUUAUCUCCUUUGACUUCAUUCAAAUUAUGGAAUACAGUGGCUUCUGUUGGCCCCAGUCUUAGCUUUUUAGGUGCUAUUUGGGCUGGAUGUGAUAGCAUGACUGUUAUGGUAAUGCUUGUCGGAUUAGGUUCAUUACAAGGUGCAGUGUAUGCUGGAAAUCAAAUGAAUCACAUCGCAUUAGCACCACGAUAUGCUGGCACUCUUUAUGGACUUACCAAUGCAGCGGCUAAUGUUUGCGGAUUUUUGGCACCAUAUGUCAUUGGUAGAUUAGUUCAAGGACAUGAAACUUUAGCACGUUGGCAUACAGUUUUCUGGAUGGCAGCUGGAAUAAAUAUGAUAAAUAAUUGUUUUUAUUUAAUUUUUGCAUCUGCUAGUGAACAAUCAUGGAGCAAUGGUAAUAGAUGAUGAUAAAAUUUUCUUAUACAUUCAAUAUUUAAUAUAGGAAAUUACAUAUCGUUUAAUCAAAUUUCUCUUAUGUUAGUAUAUUUUAAUUUAUCGUGACAAAUGCAGGAAAUGAAUAUGGAAGAGUUAUCAAUUUUAAGUAGAUAAAUUAAAACUUUUGUUCUCUUCAUUCCAUUGCGAUUACUUUAUGUCAGGCUUUGUAUUUAACAAAAGACAAAACAUAUUUAUUAACACUCGCCCUUCUAUAAUGGGGUUUCGGAAGACUUGUUUAUUUUGAUGAUUGAUUAUUUGCAUAUGGUGUUGUAACAAAGUGUCACUCAUUCUUACGUAUUGAGCAAGAGAGGUGUUCAGAUUUUAGAGUUUCGAGUAAUGAACGUUAUGAUUAUAGGAGGAGGGUUGUAAAUAUGAUUAAUAAUUUCGACAGCCACCGUGUUACAUUAAUGGCGAUUGACCGUAGGGCGAGGGUUAAUCAAACUUAGUCAAGUAUUAAAGCUUUUUACUUUUAAGAAGCCUGUAUAUGAUAUGCAGUAUUUUUUAUACAUAAUUAUCAUAUCGUAAAUUAACACAAAAAUAAAGAAUAUUUAUAAUAUUUAUAAUUAAAUUAUACAAUUGGAAUUGAAGAUAAAUGAAAUUAUGGUAAUCGAUGUAAAUAUGUAUUAAGUAAAUUAUUAUUAUUAACUAUUAUUAUAUUAUUGAUUUAUUUUAUUGUUGUUGCGAGCAACGACGAACGAAAAAAGAUGGUGCAAAUUUUGUUCUCUUACGUCGAUUAAAAUAUUAUACAAUUUAA